UUGUCCCUACUUGCCCCUCUCUUACCUGUGCCGUUGCACUUUGACUUUAUUGCCAACUACACUCCUGUCCGGUAGGUGGCAGUAAAUACCCCUUCAGUUAGUUUGCCAAGUAAAUCUUGAAAGAAGAAGAAAAUGAGUCUGGCGGUUUCUUGAAACGUGGGGUGCAAAGCGUAGAAUCGCCAUCAAUUAUUGUGUAGAGGUAAUCAAAGUUAUUCUGAAAGAAACUUUCCAUGCUAAAAUGUAGAGCAGCAUGUUUUAACCAGAGUUCCGACAAGCUAAGCGAGCAAAAAUAGCUCUGCUAAUUUGCCAGCUAAUAUCAAAUUUCAGUGUUUCUCUACAGAGCACAGAAUGCCAAAAGCUGUAAUGUUCUCCAUAACUAUAUUAACUAAAUACUUAGACUACAUUCAAUAAGUUUUUAGUAGCUCAUGUCUAGAGUAGGAUUCUCAAACUUUAUCCCUCGACGGCUGGAUGUCCUGGAACUAUUAGAUCCAUCCAAUGAACUUGAGUGAAAUGGCUAAAUUACCUCCUCAGCAUGCAUUCAAGAUGAACAGAGUCCAGCUAAUGGAGUAGUUAUUUGAUUUGGGUGUGUUGUAGCAGAGAAAUGUCUAAAAUUGCCAGGAAACUGGCCCUUUGGGGCCGGUGUUUGAGACCAGUUGUAGUUUUGCAACUUGCUAUGUAGGUUGCAAACAAAUAUUUUAGAACUGGUAGACUUCAUUUUUCCUAAAACAUUUCCAAUUUUAAAAUCACCAUUACUUAACAUAGAGGCAAAAUGUAUUCAAAUUUGUUUUUCAAAGUCAGGUGAAAACAGUUCUAUUGAAUUAACCAUAAUUUAAUCUAGGAGUUGUUCUCUAUUAAACAAAUCUAUUCCCUGCUGAUUGGUAAGUUUGCUCACUCCCAAGAAAUAACCUCUCUCAUUUUUGAGAUGGUCAGAAUUUAAGUUAAAUUUUACAUGGCUUCAAAGUUACCCUGUUUUUUAGUGAAAUAAGCAUUUAAUACCCUACAGCUCAGUCUGAAUUACCUGCAUAUUAGUUAUGGGACGAUUACCAAAGCCCCCGGAUCUCAACUCAACCCACAAAACCACAGCUACCAAGAAUAUUGGAUGUGGUGCGGUGGAGUCUUCACAUCCAGGCCCAGUGGAAACAGCUGAUAGGGAUCGCUCCAGCAUUCACCGUAGUCACGCUGCGCAGGAUCCAUAUUCAGAGAAAGUCCAGCGGUGGAGUGGGGAAAUACCAGAGCAGCUUUCCUCUCCUCUGGUGCUGAGCAACUGGAAGGAACCCAACUGGACCUGUUAAGUAAGACCUUCAAACUACCAGCAUCUCACCAUGAGCACAGACAAGCAUCCUGAGGUCACAUCUCCAGAGGAGGACAAGAUGGAAGCUUGCAGUGAGGCUGCAGAGGUGAACGCACAGGAGGAAGAAAAGAAGACGGAAGACGCCUCUGUCACUGUGAAUGGAAUUCACUCGGAUCCUGUCAUGGAUGCACGUGUGAUAAAAACCGAAGCCGAGGAGACGGAUGACACUGAGCACGCAGUGGUUGUGCCCAAAGAGGAAGCGGAGGGAGACAGCGAGGACGGGAUGGAGGAAGGUGCCGACGAGGACAGGACAGAGGAGGACAACGACGAGCAGAGAGACGAGGAUGGCAUGAACGAGCCGCAGGACCUGUCACUGGCGGACUACUCGCGCUACGAAGCGGCAUCCCUGCCAGACGGCCAAACAACAGGUGCGUUGGAUGAGGCUGCAGACGGGGGCUACCCGCCCGGAUCCACGGCGGCCCGCAUUCCGACACAGGGGAAACUCAGCUGCGACAUCUGCGGUCUCUCCUGCAUCAGCAUUAAUGUGCUGCUAGUGCACAAGCGCAGCCACACUGGUGAGAGGCCAUUCCACUGCACUCAGUGUGGGGCCUCCUUCACCCAGAAGGGAAACCUGCUUCGCCACAUCAAACUGCACUCCGGAGAGAAGCCUUUCAAAUGCCCGAUGUGCAGCUACGCCUGCCGACGACGCGACGCCCUCAGCGGGCACCUGCGCACCCAUUCUGUAGAGAAGCCCUUCAAGUGCAACCACUGCAGUCGCAGCUACAAGCAGCGGAGCUCCCUCGACGAGCACAGAGAGAGGUGCCAUGUGUACAUUCAGAGCAAAGGUCCCGCCGAGAGAGCAGAGGACGGCCACACAGCCAGGUCUCAAAUGGGCUCAGAGCGCGCGCUGCUUCUUGACAGGCUCGCCAGCAACGUCGCCAAGCGGAAAAGUUCAAUGCCACAGAAGUUCACUGGCGACAACGGGGUCUGCCUGGACCUGAGCUUUAACAGGGAGCUGCUCCACCGAUCUGACAUAAAGGAUCCUCCAUCAGGCUCACCUGGGCCAGAGGGCCGGCUGCAGACAGUUCUUGCAAGCCCAGAUGGCGACCCACCUCCCACCCACAGACCGUACCCCAUCCCGUUAAACCGCACCGAUAUCAACCCAAUCAGCCUCACCAACGGCCACAAGAUGCCUCUUCUGGGCCUCCCUCACGGAGCACAGCCGCCCCUCGGCAUGGACUCCUUCCACAACGACGCCUCCCAGAUGACCCAGCCCGUCAUGUACAGCCUGGGUCACCUGCUGGGGGGGAUCAAUCACCAGAACGGCGUCCCACACCCACACAGCCAGCCCAUUCCACUGACGCCCCUCGAGGCCCUGCGGGUCAUGCGGGCGGACGGAGAGUCCGGGGCACCGCCCGGAGCGGUGUACCCCUGCGGCCACUGCAGGGUGCUCUUCCUGGACUACGUCAUGUACACCAUCCACAUGGGAUGUCACGGCUUCCGCGAUCCGCUCGAAUGCAACGUUUGUGGCCACCGCAGCCGGGACCGUUACGAGUUCUCCUCCCACAUAGCCCGUGGCGAGCACCGCCUAGAACUCAAGUAGACUGCAUUCAUGCACACAAACAGUCACCACCAUGGAGAUAGACAGCAAUUUAGUCAUAUAAGUAGCUGGUAGUAUUGGAAAUGAAAGCAUAAAGUAGCGGCUCUGUCUGUCCUUGGCGUUUGUUAAAGUGUGUGUGAGUAUAGACGUCGUGGGAGUGCGGCGGCUGUUCUUAGUCAUCCAUCUGAAAAGAUGGCCUGUAAAGAGUUAUUGCAGGAGUAUUUCUACUCCUUAGCAUGCAUAUAUUUCUACGUAACGGGGUUGUCUGUUUGCAUAAAGCCACGUGUUUCCACUCACACCAAGCAGCACAAAAUAUUGUAUUUAUGCUGUACCUACUGUUUUAUUUUGUCUGUAUAAAGAUGUAAAAAAUAAAAGAGCAGUUCACACACAAGCUGCAGAGUGUUUAGAGAU